CGUAUUUUAGUUUGGCGGCAAAACCGCUCCGUGGUUGACGUUUUUAUUUUUUUUAUACGAAGUUUUACAAAGAUGGCGGGCAGUUGUAGUUUUUGAAAUGUUUUUAUUUUGAUUUUUGCGUGUUUAUUUCUUGUUUUCUAUCCAAGUGUUGUGUGUUAAAAUUAAAAGAAAUUAACGAAAAUGAUUAUGGCGCGGUGUCUGUGUGUCUUCCUACUUUCUUUAGUAUCCCAGUCAUUGGCUUCAGUCAUCAUCCCUGAGGAGCUACCGUCUCUACUUUCAGUGGCCUACUCAAAUAUACCACCUAUUAAAAAAGGAACGGACUCUCGCGUUGGUUUCGGCUUUGCGUUCGGCAACCAUGCUGAUUUUCAAGUCAUGUUCGAGUUGGGACCUCAAACAAAUACGCAGGCUCUAAACGGCCAAGGUUUCCAGUCAACUUCUUCGAAUACCAAGCGACAAGUGAACUCGCCGCCGCCGGCGAAACUACACAAAAAUAAAGAAAAGUACCACUCAGACGCGAGCAAAUACCUCCAGAAUUGGGCGCAGAAGAUGAAAUACCCUGAGAAGCACGCUCAGAAUGUCCAAAAACUUGGCGAGGUACCGAACCUAGAAGAGUCCAUGGUUGAGCUAGUUAAGAACGACAAAGGGGAGUAUGAGAUACAUCAACCGAAGCCAGGAAACUUGCCACAGAACAUUUUAGAAGAUCUAAAGAAGCUUUACAAGCUCAAAAGCGAGGCCGCGAAAAAGAUGGGUGAAACGAAACGAAGCGAGGAAGAAGUUAAGAAGAUCACAGAAGAUUUGUCCAAUGUAGAUCUUGAUUGAGGCUCUUACUGUAUAAUUUUUGUAUUUAGUUUUGUAAUAAAUUGGGUUUUAGAGUA